AUGCCUGGGCCUGACACAGUUUUCAACGCCAUCGGCCUAGGCUUGAUGGGUAUUUCCAUGAUCCCUCUCGCCGACUCAUUCUUCCCGAAAGUCGAGCCGAAGUAUUCCACUCUGCGCGUCGCCGCAGGCCUCUUUGAGCCAGGUGAUUCCAGCGCUAGCACAGGAGGCAGCGUGCCGGGCGUCGCCCUCUUUGACGCCGAUAGCAACCGUGUUGGGUUUCAGUCCGGCAAGGGCCACGGCAAAAUCGAGGAAGGAAACUACAAAGACAUUCUGAUCGCUCCGAUCAAGAGCCAGAACACCAUCACUCCCGAAUAUUUGAGCGUCGUCUCUUGCGGCGCUGCCUGGUACCACUCCAACCUGGCGAUCAAAGUCAACGACGAGACGUACAAGCCCAGCUGGUUUUGGAUCCGAGGGCCUCGCGAGAACACGGGGCGUCCGACCAACAACUUUCCCAUGGGAAUUGGGCUGCGCAUUAUCGACUUUGACGGCAACGAAGCCCGUCAGGCGCAGUACGUCGAGCACCCGGAAACCCUGUGUACGACGUGCCUGCCCAUAUUCGACCCGCCGCUGAAGAACGAGUAUGGCCGCGGGGACACCGACUUCGAGAGGCUACAUACCCAAGGGAAGGUGAUGUGCGAGCCGAGCGCGAACGACAUUGACCCAUUCCCCAUGGCCGAGCAGAUCAGGAAACUGCAGAAAUGGCCGCCCGGCCGGUUAUCGACGCCGACAUAUGGGACGAAAAGGCGUUCGCUUGCUGACGCCGUGGCUGCGGGCAGCUGUACCCAUACGGAUGACUUGAUUGAGAGCUCGCACCCCAGCACACGGCUACAGAGCUGUGCCAUGAUCCCAAUGCCGUCGGCCCGGACUUUGUUUCGCACACCGCUGUGCGGAGCCAACGUCAAGGAGGGGUGCUUUGAUGUUGAGACGAAGCAGGUCCGUCGCCAGGAUCUGGCUGACCAGCGUGGUGAGACUGUUACUGUUCAUACGAAGAUUGCAGCCACACCGGUCAGAGCCUAUAAGACUGUCAAGUGGGAUUGA